GAAAGCUAUGAUUACCACAAUGUCGGCAGCCUGACAGCUUUUAACGUAAAACAUGGCUAUAUGAAUACAUUCGUCCUUGUAACUUCAACGAGUCAUUUGUAAAUGUGAAGUAUGCAACUACAGUACUUGAAGACUCUUCUAACUCCACAGGAUGGAGCUGCUAAAGUCACCUGUAUGGCCUGGGCUCCAAACAAUGCAAAGUUUGCAGUUUGCACCAUUGAUAGAGUGGUUAUUCUAUAUGAUGAGCAGGGAGAGAAAAGAGACAGAUUCACUACAAAGCCUGCAGACCCCAAAUAUGGAAAGAAAACAUAUGUGGUCAAGUCCAUGGCAUUUUCCCCCGAUUCAACCAAAAUAGCAGUUGCCCAAACAGACAACAUAAUAUUUGUUUACAAAAUUGGAGAAGAAUGGGGUGAUAAAAAGGUUAUUUGCAACAAAUUUAUACAAACAAGUGCUGUAACGUGGGUUUGGCCGACAGAGCAUGCAAUACUAUUUGGGCUGACAGAAGGAAAAGUUCGUCAAGCUAAUACAAAAACAAGCAAGUCCUCUACCAUCUAUGGAACAGACUCCUACGUUGUCUCACUGACCUCAAAUGUCUCAGGGAAAGGAAUCCUUUCUGGUCAUGCGGAUGGAACAGUUGUUCGGUACUUCUUUGAUGAUGAAGGAUCUGGAGAAUCUCAGGGCAAACUGUUGACUCACGCAUCCCCGUAUGCCCUGGCAUGGGGUACCAACAGCAUUAUUGUGGCUGGAUGUGAUAAGAAGAUCGUAGCCUAUGGGAGGGAGGGCCACAUCCUUCAGACAUUUGACUAUAGCCGAGAUCGUUCUGAAAAGGAAUUCACUGUGGCAGCAGCUAGCCCCAGUGGUCAGUCCAUAGUCGUAGGAAGCUUUGACAGGUUGCAAGUUUUCAACUGGAGUCCUCGAAAAGGCAACUGGGAUGAAGCUUCUCCCAAACAGAUUCCAAACUUGUACACUAUCACAGCUCUAGCCUGGAAGAAAGACGGCUCUCGGCUCUCUGUGGGCACAUUGUGUGGAGGAGUCGAGCUCUUUGACUGCUGCCUGCGCAGGAGUAUUUACAAGAACAAAUUUGAGAUGACAUAUGUAGGGCUUAGUCAGGUGAUAGUGAAGAAUUUGUCUACUGGCGCAAGAGUGGUGUUGAAGUCUCAGUAUGGCUAUGAGAUAGAUGAGGUGAAGGUCAUGGGAAAGGAUCGAUAUCUGGUGGCUCACUCCUCUGACACCCUUCUGCUGGGAGACCUGGUGUCCAACAAACUGAGUGAGGUGGCGUGGCAGGGCUCUGGGGGAAAUGAAAUGUAUUUCUUUGAAAAUGAAAAGGUAUGCAUGAUUUUCAAUGCUGGAGAGCUGGUGCUGGUGGAAUACGGAAGCAAUGAAAUCCUGGGAUCUGUUCGGACAGAGUUUAUGAACCCUCACCUCAUCAGUGUGCGUCUGAAUGAGAGAAGACAGAGGGGUGUGGAGGACAACAAAAAGUUGGCCUACCUGAUAGACAUCAAAACUAUUGCUAUCGUGGACCUGGUCAGCGGGUAUAAUCUGGGCACCAUAAGCCACCACUCCAAGAUUGACUGGCUGGAGCUGAAUGAAAUGGGUCGUAAACUGCUUUUAAGGGACAAGAAACUCAGGCUCCACCUGUAUGACAUCGACAGCACCACGAAGAGCACCAUGUUGACAUUCUGUCCUUACGUCCAUUGGGUACCAGGCAGUGAUGUAGUUGUGGCUCAGAACAGAGGAAACCUCUGUGUUUUGUACACCAUCGACAGCCCGGAAAGGGUCACAACCUUUCCGCUCAAGGGGGAUAUUGUAGACCUGGAGAGAUCUAAUGGUAAAACUGAAGUCAUUGUGACUGAAGGGGUUAAUUCUGUCUCCUACACGCUGGAUGAGGGACUGAUCUAGUUUGGAACGGCCAUUGAUGAUGGAGACUAUUACAGGGCCACAGCAUUCCUGGAAACCCUGGAGCUGUCUGCAGAGACAGAGGCCAUGUGGAAGACUCUGAGUAAACUCGCCCUUGGGGCACAACAGCUCCACAUUGCUGAGAGGUGUUUUGCAGCACUUGGUGAUGUGUCCAAAGCCAGAUUCCUGAAUGAGACCAACAAGAUUGCAGAUGCCAUCUCAAAAGAAUAUGGUGGUGGUGGUGCAGACCACUACCAAGUGAAGGCAAGACUGGCAAUGCUGGAUAAGAAAUUUAAGCUUGCAGAGAUGUAUUACAUUGAACAGGUAACGAAUAAAUGCGUGGAUGAAGUGAUGGAAAUGUACCAGGAGCUCCACAUGUGGGAUGAAUGUAUUGCCAUUGCAGAGGAGAAGGGCCUUCUGGAGUUGGACAAUUUGCGACACAGUUACUAUUCCUACCUAAUGGAGACCAAUCAGAAUGAGAAAGCUGGGGAGGUGAAGGAAAGUGAAGGUGACUUCACAGGUGCUAUUAACCUCUACCUGAAAGCAGGACUCCCUGCUAAAGCUGCCUGGCUGGCCAUGAGCAGAGAUGAGCUCUUAUUAAAUCAUGACAUCAUCAACCGCAUCACUUCCGCUCUCAUUAAAGGAGAGUUCUAUGAGAGGGCAGGUGACCUGUUUGAGAGGAUAAGAAAUAAUCAAAGAGCCCUGGAUUGCUACCGGAAGGGAAAUGCUUUUAAAAAAGCGGUGGAUUUGACUCGUGUUGCCUUUCCUGUAGAAGUUGUAAAGCUGGAGGAAGUAUGGGGUAACUAUCUAGUGCAUCAGAAACAAAUGGAUUCUGCUAUAAACUAUUACAUAGAAGCUGGCCGCUCUACCAAGGCCAUAGAGGCGGCGAUUGCAGCACGCCAGUGGAAGAAAGCAUUGCGCAUACUGGCGCAACAGGAGGACAAGACUGCAGCCAAGUAUUACUUGAAAAUAGCUCAGCACCAUGCCUCUGUACAAGAGUUUGAGGUGGUAGAACAUCUGUUUGUGAAGGGGGAUAGUAUCAAAGAUGCUAUAGAUAUGUACACUCAGGCUGGGAAAUGGGAGUAAGCUCAAAAGCUUGCUGUGAAAUGCAUGACACAAGAGGAUGUGUCUGCCCUCUCCAUCAGCAGAGCACAAGAGUUAGAGAAAGGGGGAAAGUACAAAGAAGCUGAAAGGCUCUUUACCACUGUAGAUGAACCAGACCUGGCUAUCACCAUGUACAAGAAGAACAAAAUGUAUGAUGACAUGAUUCAUCUAGUCGCCAUACAUCAAAAGCUGCUGCAAGAAACGCACAUUCACCUGGCCAAGGAGCUGGAGGCUGAAUCCAAGUUCCAGGAGGCAGAGUAUCACUACCUAGAGGGUCAGGAUUGGAAAGCCGCCGUAAACAUGUACAGAGUCAAUGACGUGUGGGAGGAAGCUUAUAGGGUAGCAAAGAGCCAUGGAGGAGCCAGUGCCCAUAAGCAGGUGACAUACUUGUGGGCACAGAGUCUUGGAGGAGAGGCGGCAGUUAAACUGCUCAACAAGUUUGGUAUGCUGGAAACUGCCAUUGACUUUGCAGCUGAUAACUGCUCCUUUGACUUUGCCUUUGAGUUGGCCCGACUCUCCAUGAAACAGAAGAUCCCUGAUAUCCAUCUGAAGAAUGCCAUUUUUCUUGAAGACCAGGGCAAGUUCAAUGAAGCUGAAACCGAGUUCAUCAAAGCCGGGAAACCCAAAGAGGCUGUGCUAAUGCACGUCCAUAACAAGGACUGGAGUAAUGCCCAGAGAGUGGCUGAGGCUCAUGAUCCAGAAAGUGUAGCAGAUAUUCUAGUGAGCCAGGCUAAGUUCUGCUUUGACCAGAAGGAAUUCCAAAAAGCAGAGGCCUUCCUGCUCAGGGCCCAAAGACCCGAGCUUGCUAUUAAAUACUACAAAGAUGCUGGGAUGUCGACUGAUGCAAUGCGGACCUGUAAAGACUAUUUGCCCAGCAAGCUGAGCAUCCUUCAAAAGGAAUAUGAGAGCGAGGGCAACUGGGGUGUGGAGGGUAUGGUCAAGCAGGCUCAGGAGUGGGAACAGACAGGCGAGUAUGCUCGAGCCGUGGACUGCUAUCUUAAAGUGAAGGACUCGUCUAACAUGGACUUAAUGAUGAAGUGUUGGAUGAAGGCAGCAGAAUUGGCCAUUAAAUUUUUAUCUCAUGACAAGGCCGUGGAUGUCAGUCAGGUUAUUGGACCACGCCUGAUUCAGCUUCGAAAAUACAACGAGGCUGCCGAGCUCUACCUCAACCUGGACCUCAUUAAGAACGCCAUAGACGCUUUCACUGAGGGAGAAGAAUGGAACAAAGCCAAGAGAGUAGCCAAGGAGCUCGAUCCAAGGUUAGAAGAAUAUGUUGAUAAAUGCUACAAAGAGCAUCUGAAAAACCAAGGCAAAGUUGACUCUUUGGUUGGAGUAGAUGUGAUGGCUGCCCUGGACAUGUACGCAGAGAGAGGACAGUGGGAGAAAUGCAUUGACACAGCUUCAAAACAGAAUUUUGAAGUCCUGCACAAGUACAUCGCCCUUUACGCCACUCAUCUGAUCAAAGAGGGUGAGGCAGAGAAAGUGCUCAAUCUGUACGCCUAGCAUGGUGUGCCAGCUUAUUCACAGAACUUCAACAUCUACAAGCGAAUGUUCCUGGAAUUGGUGAGCCUAAGGGACAGGGAUUGUGCGGAAGCUUAUCGGAUGUGGGCCGAUCUGAGUGACGUUCUUCUGCUGCUUCGUGAGAACUUGACCAAGUCUUCAGAGGCUAAUUCUCCAGCCCACGAGGAGUUUGAGCAGAUGCUGCUGGUUGCUCACUAUUACGCCACCCGCUCAGCAGCCAAAGGCAUUGACCAGCUGAGUUCUGUGGCUGCCAAGCUGUCCAUCUCUCUUCUGAGGCACACAGAGCUAAUUCCUGCUGACAAGGCCUUUUAUGAAGCUGGCCUGACUGCCAAGGCUGUUGGUUGGGAGAACAUGGCUUUUAUUUUCCUCAAUCGCUUCUAGGAUUUGGCUGAUGGCAUUGACGAAGGCACAUUGGAUGCUUUGGAUCACACAGAUUUCCAAGAAACUGAUAUUCCAUUUGAGGUCCCUGUACCUUCAGAACUACAUGUCACAGUAGAGAAGAGGGAGGAGAUUAGGGAAUGGGUUCUGACUGUGUCCAUGGACCAGCGUGUGGAGCAGGUGCUUCCUAAGGAUGAGAGGGGCACAUAUGAGGCCUCCCUAGUGGCUACCGGCACAGGCAUCCGGUCCCUACCUUGCAUCAUAACAGGGUACCCUGUCCUGCACAACAAAAGUGAGUUCAAAAGACCAGGAAUGGCAGCAAACAAAGAUGACUGGAAUAAAUUCCUGAUGGCUACAAAGACCACUCACAGUCCAGAAUGUCAGAAUGUGCUGAAAUUUAUCACACAGUGGUGUGGAGGCCUCCCGUCAGCUGGAUUCUCCUUCCACUGAGAUCGAGGAAGGUGCACAAUAUCUAUUUCUCUAUCUGUCGUAAUCCUGCUCUUCACUUCCUCGCCUCACAGCUGUUCUGCUUACACAUUUAAUCAGUUUUUUUCAUUCUGUUGUUUCUUUUUUCAAAGGCACUGUCCACAUCAUGCUCAUCAUCCUUUAGUUGUCUUGUAAAUCUAACUGAAUAUCCAUAUGUAUCAUAAAGUCAGUGCCUGCAGGUCGUGUUGUGAGUGUUUUAACUAUAUUAUACAGUACAUAUUCCACUAUUUCUUAUAUGAGUUGGAUAUUUUUAUACUUAAGCAUAAAAUAAAAUACAAACAUUUCAUAAAGAUUG